AUGCGCGUUACAUCUGUACUCUCUCUUGCUGGCGUCGCCGCUGCAUCGUCGCUCUCGGCUCCGGCUGCCGCCUCGACCCAUGUUUCGGGCUGCUCGGCUCUGCGCGCGCCCGUUGGAAACUCGCUGUUUGCCCGUGGUAGCAGCGUCUACAAGUAUGAGGCCGCAAACUUCUGGUCCAACACGGAGUUGAUGACUCCUGGCUGUGUUUUCCGGCCUCAAUCAACUGCCCAGUUGGCUGAUGGUAUCGAAGCGCUGGCCAAUGCGAAUGCUGAGUUCGCCGUGAGGGGUGGUGGACAUAUGGGUAUCAAGGGAUCAAACAACAUCGAUAAUGGUGUUUUGAUUGUGAUGUCCAACUUGACCACUUUGGAAUUAAACGAAGAUCACUCCGUCGUCUCUAUUGGUCCUUCCCACCGAUGGGGAGAUGUUUACGCCUACCUGCAGAAGUAUGACCUUUCCGCUGCCGGUGGUCGUCUCGGACCCGUCGGUGUGCCGGGAUUGCUCCUCGCUGGCGGUGUCAACUUCUACGGCAACCAGGUCGGCUUCGGUUGUGACACCGUCAUCAACUACGAGGUUGUGUUGGCCGAUGGUUCUGUCGUCGAAGCCAACAAGACCAGCAACCCGGAUCUGUUCUGGGCUCUGAAGGGCGGAAGCAGCAACUUCGGAAUUGUCACUCGAUUUGAUCUGGAGACUGUCAAGUCCCGCAAGGUCUGGGCUGGUACUCACACCGUCGCCGCUCAGUACAUUGACCAAUUCCUGGCUGCCGCUGCUACUUACGCAUCCAACAUUUACGACUCCAAGACUCACGUCGUCCCCGCUCUCGUGCCCGGUGAGACCACUCUUGCCUCGGUGAUCCUGUUCUAUGACAGCGAAGACACCAGCUACCCCGAGAUCUUCAAGCCGUUCACCGAUAUCCCGGCUAUCAGCAGCACUCUUGACUUCAAGACCGUCAGCGAGUUUGCUACCGAAACCGGGGCAAUGGUUGUCGACGGAAUCAAUGACGUCUUCGUUGCCGGUACCGUCAAGGGAACAACCUACAAGGAACUGCUCCAGGGAAUCACCAUCAUCAACCAGACCUUCUUCAACGAGCUCCCUAAGCUGUACAAGCAGAUUCCCACUGCAAACAUCUCCACCAUCCAGCUCGACUGGCAACCCAUCGGUGCCGACUGGAUGAAGGCCUCCGAAGCUCGUGGCGGAAACGCCCUGGGUCUGGACUCCUCGCAGGUCUACCUCUGCUACGCCGAGGUCGUCGAGUGGAUUGGUUCGGCCUACGACGAGAUUGUCGCCAAGUGGGUUGAGGACACUACCUACAAGAUCAACAACGCUACCCAGAAGGCUGGUCUGUAUGACGCUUUCAACUACAUGGGUGACGCUGCUGGUUUCCAGUCUAUCUUCCCUGGGUAUGGCGAGGAGAACCACCAGAAGCUCGUGAGCAUUGCUCAGAAGUAUGAUCCUAAUGCUGUCUUCCAGACCUUGAUGCCCGGUGGCUUCAAGGUCUACUAA